AUGUACGUCGAUGAUGUUCUGGACUCGUGUGAAACAGUCUCGGAAGCAUGUUUCUUGCGACGUGACCUUUCUGAUGUUCUAUCCGAUGCAGGAUUCAAAUCAAGAAAAUGGCUUUCCAACGAACCGUCCGUUCUUGCCGAGGUUUCAGUAGAAGACCGUGCUCAAAGCGUGGAGAUCAGAGAUGGCGAAAAUCUACCGACACAGAAGACAUUAGGAGUAUCAUGGAAUGCGGAAACGGACACGUUUAUCUUUCAAGUCAACCUACCGACAAAUUCCUCUCCGACAAAAAGAAAUGUUUUAAGCUGCAUCGCGUCGCUGUUUGACCCCCUCCAAUUCCUGUCACCCUUUACCGUGCGAGCGAGGUUACUGAUGCAAGAAAUUUGGGCUGCUGGUGUGGAUUGGGACGAUGUUUUACCAGCGAAAUUAUUAGUCAAGUGGAACCUUUGGAUUUCCGAGCUACAAGAGAUACCCAAGAUCAGUUUUCCACGUUGCCUUCGCCUUGAAAGACCAACCGACAUCCAACUUCACGUUUUCUCUGACGCUUCCAAGGUGGCGUACGCUGCAGCAGCAUAUUUGGUGUGCAAGUACCUCGACCGACUACCGACGUCAUGUCUAAUUAGUUCCAAAUGUCGCGUUUCGCCAGUUAAAGCUAUGACGAUCCCGAGACUCGAGCUCAUGGGUGCAAUAAUCGCCACUCGUCUGGCAAAGAAGCUGAAAAGAACAUUAAAAGUAGAAAGCGUGACAUUUCGGGUCGACUCGACGAACAUGUGGAUGGAAGGUCCAAACAUUCUGAAGGAAGAGGAGUUGACUUGGCCGAAAAAGUUACCAGAAGAUCACAUAAGAGAAGACACAGAGUGCGAACAAAAAACGAACAUCUCCUCCUUUGCAACAGACAGCGCGAAUUUAGAAAAUGUUCAAGACCGUCUCGUGCCAGAGAAGUUUUCGAGUUUAUCCCGCCUGUUACGCGUGACAGCCUGGGUAAAACGUUUCUUGACGAACUGUAAACUUCCGAAAGAGCGACGAAUGAAAAAUGGCGUCAUUACACGAAACGAAGUCUCCGAGGCUGAGACUUACUGGAUAAGAAGAGCGCAAACCGAAGCGUUCCCUAACGGUGAAAAAGAGAAACGACUGAUUAAACUCUGCCCCCAUACAGACGAAGCUGGUCUCUUGUGA